AUUGGCAACAGUAAUCACCAGCUGAAGUAAAUAAUAAACAAUUUUUAAAAUUUAUUUGUUUUGAUUUUCAUUUGAAAGAGUAAACCAAUAUGUAUAUCAUCCAAAAUAAUAUGAAGAGAUUUGUCAGCCUCUUUACAAAUUUUUCAAAGAAUAUUAAAGGAAUACAAAGCUAUAAAUAUGUUAUGCCUAUAAGCAGUCAGUCAUUAUAUUCUACUGUAAAAGACAAGAAUUCAUGGGUUGUAUUGACUAACAAUGGUCAAAUAAUUUGUUGUUGGCAUCCUGAAGAAGCCCCUCCGUAUGAACAUACUAGACCGUUACCAGAGAUUGAGCCUGAAUUAAGAGAGGGGGAUUCUGUCCUUAAGUUACAGUAUAGAAGAGAUGCCAAAUAUCGAUUUCAACCUGAUGGCCCCACAAAUGAAGAAUUAGCUAAAAUGACAUAUACUACUAAACACAGAUGGUUUCCUAACAAUGAGAAGAAGUAUGUGGAUCCUAAUCCACCAGUGGAUAGAGAAGGCAUAUAAAAAGAAUUCACAUAUUUUAUGUUAAGGAAUUGAAGAAAAGAUUCCAAACAUAUAUUUUUGCCAUCAUUAUGUAGCAUUUUGUACAAAACAUUUAUUGAAAUAAAACAAAA